UCACCCGCCAGCUACUUCAAAGCAAGCAAGCAAGCAAGCGAACGAAUGAGUUAAUGUUUGUGUUGACAUUUGGUCGUUUCCCUGAUAAGUAUUGAUAUCUAGUAUUAAUUUAAUUGCCGUGAUCGUUUGUCGGCUAUAAUGUUUCGUGGUUUUCUUAAUCCCGGAGAAUUUCCCCGGGGCCCUGCGCCGUUAGGCCACCCACCCCAUGUACAGCCACCCGGUCCCAGCUACGGAGGGCCCUUUGGCCCGCCACCCGAAGUUCCACCGCAUAGACACUUACCUCCUGGACCUUGUCAUCCCUUCUUACCUCUUGGAACGGGAAGUGAAUACCUCCACAGGCCCAUGAGGGAGCAUUAUAUCAAUACUCCACACUGCAGCAGUUACUCCAUUGACCGCAGCACAGUGAUCAGUCUGGGUAGUCAACAGAUUCUCCCACCAGACACACGGCAUCUUCAGAUGCCACAGUGGCCCACCGACCCUUUGGAACCACGCCAAAGAGACAUGAGUGAGAACUUGACGGCUGGUGAAGAAUUCCUCAGAUGCCUUGCAGCUAAUAAGCCAGUCCCUGACUUCCUCAAAGGAGUCAACCUGUUGGACGCAGGGAAGGAGGUCAAAGCACCAGGUGUACCAGAAGACCGGGGUUAUGAGAGGCAGAGACUCCGGAGCAAAUCUCGCAGUCCAGCGAAGGAAAGCAGGGGCAGGAGCAAGAGCCGAGCUAAGUGCCAGGUAAGAAGCAAGAGCCGUCUGCGCAGCAGAAGUCGUACCCGAGGGAAAAGCCGGGCAAGAAGCAAAAGCCGACCGAGGAGCAGGAGUCGCAGUUGUGGAAAGAGCCAGGCCAGAAGCAAGAGCCAGGCCAGAAGCAAGAGCCAGGCCAGAAGCAAGAGCAAGGCUCGUAGUAGGAGCCGUAGCCGAGGGAAAAGUCGGGCAAGGAGCAAAAGCAGAUCAAGGAGUAGGAGUCGCAGCCAUGGAAAGAGCCGGGGUAGAAUAAACCAUCACUCAGACCACAGGGACAAAAGGAGCCCCAGUCGGAGCUGUAGCGGCAGUAUCAGUAAUCACUCCUCCGCACACAAUGACCUGCUUGAGGGCCUCAAACGGGUUAUGAACAGCAAGCAACUGGAGGACAGUAUGCCUUCCAUCAAGAAUGCCAUUCUCACAAUACAGGCCAAUAACUUUAGUAAAGAUAUCCAGAGCAGCAGAGCAAUCCAGAGCAGCAGCCUUCCAGGUGGACCAGUCUUGGCCAGCAGACAGGAAUUUCUUCAAGUAUCAGAUGGGCCUAUGCCAGUCAGUAGACAGGGUGUUCCACAGAUGAGACGGGAGGAGACCGACAGCAAUCUUCUCCCCCACGAGAGGGUGGGCUGUGACUUCUCCUGGCUGCAGGGCACCAGGGAGGUCUCGCCUGUUCAGAAGCCGGAGGAGGUCGAGGAUGAGGAGGACUUCCUCUAUGGGAAUGAGGAUAUCCAGCCAAAACAACACCCUGCCACCCUGCCUUUCGCACAGUCCACAUCCAUUACCCAGCAGAGCGAUGCAGAGAUCUCCCCGGCAGGCCCACCCUACUAUCAAAGCCAGCCUUUGUUCGGGAACCAUGGUGAAAUCCAGGUGCUCAAGAUGCCUUCUCAACCAGUCCAGUCCAGUGUGAGGCCUGAGAAGAGGGUACAGCCUGUUUCUGCUCCUGAUGUGAAGCCCGCCCCCACUGUGAAGGAAUGUGAGAAGUACAAGACUAUUUUGAAGAACAUUGGUCUGAAUUUGGGCACGGCAGAGAUCAGUAAGAUGAUGAGCAAGCUGCAGCAACAGAAGGAGGGGAAGAUGCCAGAGCAGAAGAGGGAGGAGAAACUGCUGUCACCAGCACCAGCGAUUCCUAUUGUAGUUGGGGCAUCACAGGAGCCCAGACUGGCCUCGCCAGCAUUCGGGGCAGCACCAAUACGACAAGCACUGGAGUCUUUACAGUCCAUUAUUAAAGCAACAAGGGAGAAAAGGGCCAAUAGUGAUCCACAUGAUGGCAACCAUUCCCAGAGGAGUUCAGACAAACAGAAGAGCAAAGAUGACGAUGAGAGUCAUCAGAGGAGAUCAAGACAUGACCAAAUGAAAAGGAAAGAAAUUCUUGUGAAGGAACUGGAGGAAUUGCUAAUGCAGGAUGGGUCUACCUUUCUAAUUCCUGUCAUCGGGUUCUACUGCCAGAAGUGUGAGGAGUUCUUUGGAGACCUGACCACUGCUGAGGGCCAUGCAGCAACCCACAGGCGGAAUGAGCCUAGCAUGCAUCAGCAUGGAGACAGACGACCUGGAGAGGACAGAGGACACCCUAGCCAUCACAGCAGAUACCUCCUGGCCCCAGAGCAGAGGGACCAGAGAGACCCAAGAGAUCAGAGGUAUCCUGAGCACCAGAGGGAUCAGAGGCACCCUGACCUUAAACGCAAACUAGAUGAGGGCCCAAAGGGUUACAGGAACGACAGGGAGAAGAUCUACGUGAAAGAGGAACGACCUGGAAGCCCCAGGAUAAAGAUGACGAUGGUCUGCGGGCACACCCCACCAGGUUUGCAGAAGGCCAGGGGGAGAGAGGAGGGGAGAGUGGAUAAGGGCUCUUGUGCUGCUUCCUCUGACCCUGCCAGUGGGAAACAUGGUAGAGUCAAACUGGAGGAGAUGGAGACCAAAGGAAAUCCCACAGUGGAAGUAUGUGACAAAAAGGACAAAGAUAAAGGAGAAAGCAGUUCCAGCAGUGAUGACGAGAAAGGCAAAUCUCCUAAAGGCAACAAAAAUAAGAAGAAGAAGAAAAAGAAGAAGAAGAAGAAGAAGAAGAAGGAAAAGGAUUAGAAUAAGUAAUAGCUGCUGUACUGCAUGUCCUGGAUUGAUUGUAUCUCUGGAGGACCUGGCCUUGGGUCAUUGUUUGGCAUCAUUGCAGCUGUUUUCAGAAGUUGGAGCUUUUAAAGUUAGAAAUAAACAAUAUUCCUCUGAUUUUUUUCUCUCCUUUUGGGGUUGUCCUUUUUUCAACAAACUGUGUUCCUCUGUGUUGCAGCAUUUAUCAUGUCCAGAAUCGUUUUGCUGCCAGCUACUGAUCCCAUUGUUCAGACCUUUAGUUACUGUAAAUAUUUAUUAAACAACCCUCUUAUAUUGGGCCAUGGCCACUUUUGUGUAUAUUUCACUUGGUUCAACCUUGAUUUAGUGCUGCAAAUAUGAUCAAAUUUAUUUUCGCAAUUUAAAGGUCAACUGCCAUUUGAA